AUGGAUUCCGAAGGAUUCAUGCAAGCUUUCCAGAAUGAACUAACCUGCUCCAUCUGUAUGAACUACUUCAUAGACCCUGUCACCAUAGACUGUGGGCACAGCUUUUGCCGUCCCUGCCUGUACCUCUGCUGGGAGGAAGACCAGACUCCAAAGAGCUGCCCUGAGUGCAGGGGACUGUUAGAGAAGCCCGAUUUCAAAACCAAUAUUGUACUCAAGAGGCUGGCUUCCCUCACCAGACAGGACGCAGCUAAACAAACCAACAGCUCGGAGGCGCAGAUCUGCAUGACACACAAAGAAGCCAAAGGACUCUUCUGUGAGGUUGACAAGACCCUGCUCUGUGGUCCCUGCUCUGCGUCCCCAGAGCAUGCAGUUCACAACCACCGUCCAGUACAAUGGGCUGCUGAGGAAUACCGGGAGAAACUUCUAAAGAGAAUGGGCUCUUUAUGGAAAAUGACACAAGAAAUGCAAAACAAUCUGAAUCUGGAAACUCACAAAACUCAGUCAUUAGAGAACUAUGUGGCCGUAAGAAAGGCGAUGAUCAAAGUUCAGUAUCAGAGGAUCCACCUGUUUCUCCAGGAGGAGGAGCAACUCCAUCUGGAGGCACUGGAGAAAGAAGCGAAAGAGACUUUCCAACAACUCAGGGAGAGUGAAUUCAGAAUGACUCAACAGAAAGAGAGUCUGAAAGAAAUGUACAGAGAGCUGACCGAGGUGUGCCACAAGCCUGAUGUGGAGCUGCUCCAGGACUUGGGCAAUGUAUUGGAAAGGACUGAUUUGGUACAGAUGCAAAAGCCUCAGCCAGUGAACCCAGAGCUCACUUCCUGGCCUGUCAGUGGAAUCCUAGACAUGCUGAACAACUUCAGAGUGGAUAACGUUCUGAGUCAGAAAACGACCAUUCACAAUGUGAGCCUUUCUGAGGAUGAUACAACUAUGAUAUAUGGAGAUGACCAUCAUGGCGCGUCCAGAGAGCUCCAGGGUGCAGAGAGUUUUGUGGCCUGGGGAGCUGUGGCCUUCACCUCCGGAAGGCAUUACUGGGAGGUGGAUGUGACACACUCCUCGAACUGGAUUCUGGGAGUCUGUAAAGAUAUCUUGACAAGCAAUACUGUUAUCAGUAUUGAUUCUGAAGAAGCAUUUUUGCUAUUUUCUAUGAAAGUGAACAAUCAUUAUAUUCUGUCCACGAACUCCCCACCCUUAAUUCAGUAUGUGCAAAGGCCUCUGGGUGGGAUUGGAGUGUUUCUGGAUUAUGACAAUGGAACUGUGAGCUUCUAUGAUGUUUGCAGAGGUUCCCUCAUAUAUAGUUUCUUUCCUUCCUUCUUUUCCUCCCCUCUGAAGCCUUUCCUUUGCCUUAGGUCUCCAUGA